AAGAUUCUGGGAUUACAGGUGCACACCACUAUGCACAGCCCACUCCUUCAACUCAAACAACAAAAAGCAGCAGCCCCCUCCGGCAGCCGCCUGCCUUCCUCCUCACCAGUAUCCCAUCCUUCCUGCUCACUCACCUCCCGACAGCCGUUUCCAGCACGGCAGAGUGAUGCUGUGAAAAUGAUUCCAUUUCCCUGCACAAAAUCUGCUAGUAACUCCCUGCUUUGCUUAGAAUAAAGGCCACCAUCUUCACUAUGACCCACGUGGUUCCAUGCCCUGCCCUCCUGCGGCAUCCGGGUUCCUUGUGUCUCUCAAGUCGCCACACCAGCCUCCACCCAGGACCUCUUCGUGCUCCCUCGUCAACCCCAGACACACCUUCCUCCCUGGAGGCCGCCUGCCCACACCGUGGCAAGGGGCAACCCCUGCCCUGAUGGACCUGGCCUAUGGCCCGGGUCUGGUCUGAGGCAGCUACCUCACUCUGUCCCCUCCCUAGGAGGGAAGGGAUUUGGUUUUGUUCUCUGCUGCACCCAGUGCUGGCUGGCAGAGAGGGGUGUCCCAGGAAGGACCAGGACACAAAGGAAGGGAGGGUCAGGACUCAAGCGCCUGUACCCACAAACUUGGUGGGCCAGGGGCGGGGGUGUCCCGCAGGGAAGGUGGGACUCAGCCCGUGGUGUCCCCAGCAGCGUCUUGCCCCUGGAACUCCCUCCCUACAUCUGUUCAUCCGAGAGGCCUUGGUCCUUGAUGCAGCCAGUGUUCAGGUGGACACUGCAUGGCUCCGAGGGCCUGUGUGACGCCCACGUGACCUCACGGGGCUGUGUGAUGUCAGCGCGGGCGGGGUGGGGUGUGCCCAGCCUGGUCCCACAGCCCACAGUGAGCGGCAGUCGGUUGUUUAACCUAAAAGGUGUUUCCCACGUGGAGUGGGACUGAGAGGCCCGGGUGGCUGCGGGGACCCGCCUGGGACGCGGGGCGCAGGUGAGUCGACGAACGCCCCCUCCUGGCGCGAGCCGCCCGCGCCCCGGACGUCCCGGACCCCGCCCGCGCGGACCGCCCUGUGCGCCGGGUGUGCUCGGCCCCGUCUGACCGCCCCGUGCGCCGGGUGUGCUCCGCCCGUCACCUGCCCGUGGCCGCGGCAAUGAAAUAUGUGCCGGAAGUGAAGAAGCCGCCGCCGCACCUCCUGAAGCAAUUCACAGUGUGUGACAUUCCUCUGCAUGACAUUUGUGACUACAACGUCUCCAGGGACCGAUGCAAGGAGCUCGGGUGCUGCUUCUACAAAGGCGUCUGCUACGAGAAAGCAGUUCCCAUUUACGUCCACGUGUUCUCCGCCUUGAUUGUGAUCGUCGCUGGGGCCUUCGUCAUCACCAUCAUCUACAGAGUCGUUCAGGAGAGCAGGAGACAAAGGGCCAUCCCUACGGAUGUCACGCUGCCACACAAGUCCAGCAAAAAGGCGAAGGUGGCCUCAUCCAGCAGCAAAUUAGAGCUGAAGCCUCCGAGUCCUGGGCCUCCGAGUGCUCGGCCCUCAAUGAAGAGUGAUGUGGACAAGGAUGAUGUAACAGUGACAAUAGCAGAAACCGAAGAAACUGAGGACUGACUGAAACGCAUGAAGAAGUGGAGAUUGGCAGAAUUAUCCAAAUGGAAUGGUACAGCAGGUGCACUGUUAACAGUGUGGUGGAAUGACCACCCAAUGAGAAAAAAAUAAAGGUAUUUUGAAAAUUG